AUGCCCCUCGUUCCACGCACUACUCUUUUGCUCUGCCCGUGCUCUUGUGCCCCCAUGUCCUUCCCCCCUUUUCCCGCUGCCUGCAGGCUGCCCCCAUCCUUCUCCGCUCUUGCCACUGGCUCGUCCGCGGUCUCCCCCGCGGCUUCUGCAGCGCCUGCUGCCACUGGCGGCGAUGGGGGGAGUGAUGACAGCAGGGGCGCGCGGAUCGAGGGGGGAGGUGAGGGCGCGGGUCAGCGCGAGACGCGGCAGGAGCAGGGGGAGGGGGCGGGUGGCGAGGAAGGGGGCGGAGGGGCGGGGGAGGGGGAGAAGGAGGUGCCGGAGGGGUCAGUGGUGCGCGAGCAGCUGGGGGGCCGCCCAGAGCUGUGGCGCGGCGUGCACGUGGCCGGAGCCAAGUGGGCGGGCGCGGGCGCGGGCGCGGGGGUAGCGCAAGGGGAGGGCGCUGGGCUAAGGCGAGGGGAGAGACCGGGGGAAGAAGGAGGGGGGCGGGCUGCGGCAGGGCAGAGCGGGGGGGGAGAGGCAGGGGCGGGCAGCGGGACGUACCUGCAGGCGCGCGAGCUGCUGUCGAACAUGGCGAGAAGCAUGGAGCAGCUGGAGAGCGGGCUCUCCACCCGCCACAAGGAGAUGGGCGAGUCAACGCAGUUCAUCACGGGCAUCCGCUCCAGCGACCCCGCUGCCGCCCAGGGCGCAGUGGUGCGGAGGGCGGAGGAGAUGGUGGCGCGCAUGCAGGUGCAGUUUGCCGCCAUGGAGAAGGAGGCCGCCCACAAGGACACCGUGCUCGCCCGCCUGCUCGCGCACGCCAAGUCCACCAAGCAGCAAAUGAGGGCGGUGGAGGAGCGGUCGCGAGUGGAAAAGGAUGAGCUCAGGCGGGAGAUGACGGAGCAGCAGCAGCGCAUGCAGAAGGAGCUGGAGUGGGCGGCGGGGAGGGAGGAGCGGAUGAGGCGGCAGCUGAUGGAGGCGCAGGAGGGCAUCGCGCACCGAGACGCCUUCCUGCAGCAGCUGCAGGAGGAGGCUGCGCUCUCCGCCUCCGCGCUCAAACAGGCCGCCAGGGCGAUGGUGGCUGCGCGGGACCGCACGUUGAGGAUAGAGGAGCAGCUGGAGUCGAUGGGCGACCAGCUCGCCAAGGAGCGCGCCAAGACCCGCCGCGAGCGCGAGAACACCGCCCGUGUUACUGCUGAGCUGGCGGAGGCGCGCAUGGCGGUGGAGGAGAUGGCGGGGCGGGUGGGGCGGCUGGAGAGCGAGGUGCAGCGCAAGGAGCGAGAGAUGCAGCACAGCCGCCACGAGGCGGACGCUGUCAGGGCGCAGCUUAAAGCCACCCAGCAGGCGUUGGAGGAGGCAGCGCAGCAGGCGAGGGAGGCGCAGGCAGGGAGGCAGCAGGCGGAGGCGGUGGCAGAGGAGGAGCGGGCGGCGGCAGCAGCGGCGGUGGAGGGGCAGCAGAGCGCAGAGCAGCGCCUCAGGGAGGCGCAGGCGCGCGUGCAGCUGCUGGAGGGCGAGGUGGUGUCGCUCAAGGAGGUGGCGGCAAGCAAGGACUCGCUGUUGGCGGCGGUGAAGGAGGAGACGAUGCGCAACGCGGACAUGCUGCUGGCUGCUGCCAACACUCGCAAGGAGUUGGCGGGCGCGGAGGCGCGGAUAGCAGCGCUGCAGGGGUCGGUGGCGGCACUGGAGGCGGAGGUGAGGCAGCAGGACCAGCUGCUCUGCGACAUCCGCGCUGACGCUGUCUCCAGUGCUGACGCCCUGCGCACCGCUGCUCAGAUCAACCAGGACCUGAAUGCAGCGAGGGAGCGCGAGGCGGAGCUGUUGGAGCAGCUGGAGCAGCGCGAGGCGGAGGUGGAGAGCCUGCGGCGCGACACCUCCGAGAACAUCCGCGCACAGCGCGCUGAGCUGGCGCUGCGCGAGGCGGAGAGGCGGGCGCGGGAGCUGGAGAUGGAGAGGGAGUCGCUGCGGCGGGGCGUGGCGAAGCGCGACCAGGCGCUGGGGCUCAUGAAGAGGGAGCUCGAGCGCAGCGCGCACAUGCUCUCCGCCGCUGCUGACACCCGCCAGGCGCUGCGGAGCAUGAAGGAGCAGAUGGAGUGGAUGCAGGAGGAGGCGCGCGUCAAGGAGGAGCGCCUGGCAGCGCUGCAGGAGGAGUUCGUUUCCGCCCUCAAAGGCACCACCUUCCCAUCGCUGGACAAGAGCAUUCUAAAGCGAAGAAAGGUGCCGCCACAAGGGAAGUCGUUUGGAGGAGAUGCGCAACCCGAAUCACCUGCCCGAUAG